CCGAGCAGAACCGAGUCACAAUGAGGGAGAUAGUGCACAUCCAGGCCGGCCAGUGCGGCAACCAGAUCGGGGCCAAGUUCUGGGAAGUCAUCAGUGAUGAACAUGGUAUUGACCCAUGUGGAAACUAUAUUGGAGAUUCUGACCUCCAGCUGGAGAGAAUCAGCGUCUACUACAAUGAAGCUUCCUCACACAAAUAUGUUCCCCGGGCAAUCCUAGUGGAUUUAGAACCAGGAACUAUGGACAGUGUCCGCUCAGGAGCCUUUGGACAUCUUUUCCGACCAGACAACUUCAUAUUUGGACAGAGCGGUGCUGGUAACAACUGGGCAAAGGGUCACUAUACAGAAGGAGCUGAAUUGGUGGACUCUGUGUUGGAUGUAGUUCGCAAGGAGUGUGAGAACUGUGAUUGUCUUCAAGGCUUCCAGCUCACUCAUUCUCUGGGUGGGGGUACAGGCUCUGGAAUGGGCACUCUUCUAAUAAGUAAGGUCAGAGAGGAGUACCCUGACCGCAUCAUGAACACUUUUAGCGUUGUCCCUUCCCCAAAAGUAUCUGACACAGUAGUUGAACCAUAUAACGCAACACUUUCUAUCCACCAGCUGGUGGAAAAUACAGAUGAGACCUACUGCAUUGACAAUGAGGCUUUAUAUGACAUCUGUUUCCGUACUCUCAAAUUGGCUACUCCAACCUAUGGUGACCUUAACCAUCUGGUCAGUGCCACAAUGAGUGGAGUGACAACUUCCCUGAGGUUCCCUGGCCAGCUCAAUGCAGACUUGCGUAAGCUAGCAGUCAAUAUGGUACCUUUCCCUCGUCUGCACUUCUUCAUGCCAGGGUUUGCACCACUGACUGCCCGUGGCAGCCAGCAGUAUAGGGCACUGACUGUUCCUGAGCUCACCCAGCAGAUGUUCGAUGCCAAGAACAUGAUGGCCGCAUGUGAUCCUCGCCAUGGGCGUUACCUAACUGUAGCCACUGUCUUCCGAGGACGCAUGUCUAUGAAGGAAGUGGAUGAACAGAUGCUUGCUAUCCAGAGUAAGAAUAGCAGCUAUUUUGUGGAAUGGAUCCCCAAUAAUGUCAAAGUUGCUGUCUGCGACAUUCCACCCCGUGGCCUCAAGAUGUCUUCCACAUUCAUUGGCAACAGCACUGCCAUUCAGGAGUUAUUCAAGCGCAUCUCUGAGCAAUUCACUGCCAUGUUCAGGCGCAAGGCUUUCUUGCACUGGUACACAGGAGAGGGCAUGGAUGAGAUGGAAUUCACAGAGGCUGAGAGCAACAUGAAUGAUCUGGUGUCAGAAUACCAGCAGUACCAAGACGCCACCGCAGAGGAAGAGGGAGAAAUGUAUGAAGAUGAUGAGGAGGAGUCUGAAGGUCAGGGGAAAUAAGGGAACAACUGCAAAGCCAGAGAACAUCAGAAAUAACUCCCCGCAGGUUUAGGAAGUCCACUCAUGCUACAUGUGUUGCUUCUAAGUUAGGAUUAUAGUACCCUCCAGUUUCAGAACCUGUGUCUCAUUCCUCCAUUCCCUUAAAUUAUCUUUUUGCUGCCAGAGAGCAAUGCAGUAUUUAAUAUGCGCAUAGCUGGUACGAAGAUGAAGAUGCUUAUUUACAGAGGGUCGAUGUACCUUGCUGAGCAAAUUGGGGGACAUUCAUUACUAAAAGGCGCUGCUUAAAAGGUUUUGCACCUUAAAUAACAUUUUAAUGCUUGGCUGUUUCGUCAGCAGAGGUGUUUACAACAGGGGAAGUGUUUUUGUGAUAGUAAUUGAGUCUAACAAAGGAGAAAGCUUUUAAGGAUAGGAGUGGCAGAUAAUAGUAGGUUUGUAUUGACUAGUGUUUAAGCAUAUAAACCUCCAUGCUUGUGUUUUAGAGGAGGUUUCCUCCCCUAAAGAGCUUAACUUUUAGGCAGAGCAGUAGGAAAUAUGAAGGUAGCUGUAGGAUGUGCGCAUAAUGUUUUCUUGGAAUCUGACGGGAUAUUUUGUGCUAAUAGAAAGUUAUGAACAGUUACAGCACCGACUGAGACUUACACCGCAUAAUGCUCAAGCAGCAGAAAGAUCUCCCCUGUCUUACAUACACAUUUGUUUGUGUCUUACAUUUCUAUCUGUUUUGUCUGAUAUCUUUUCAUGUGUUCUGUUUUACUGAAUUAUUUAUUUUUAAAUAAAUAAACUUCCUGCUGUUCAACAUG